AUGAAUAUUUGUGAAAAAGAAUGUUUAAAUGAAAUAUCUGACUCAAGUUCGGUUACUGGCUCAAUAUUAAAUAAUUUUAAUAAUUGCGAUUGUUCUAAAUAUUUUAAGAAAAAAAUGGAAAAGAAAAUCAUUAUCCAAGAAAAAAAUGAUUUGUUGCCUUCGAAUUAUCUUGAUCAAACAAUAUUUUCGUUGUUAAUACCUGCAUUGGAAGAAGCACUUAUCGAAGCAUCUAAACAAAAUGUUCUUCGGGUACAAAAAUGUCGUUUUAAUGGUAUCGAUUAUAUCGCAGAGAUUCUGUGGAAUCGUAAUCCACGUCGUUCGAAAAUAUUUUCACCUCCUCUAAAUGUAUUCCAAAUUCCAUCAUUUAAAGAUUAUUUGCGUCUUAAUCCUAGGCCAUAUUAUCCAAAAUCUUGGUUAUGGUCCGAGGAUAAAGCGGCAUUGCACAUACAAAGAUACAUUCGUGGUUGGCUUGUAAGAAAACGCACGGAUGUUCAAGAAAUGAGACAAUUUUGGAAGGAUAUUGCGAUGAAAAAUCUCUUUGACAAAAAUGAUAUUCUGCAAUCUCAAAAAUUUUUACGUAUGUUUUAUUUGAAAUUUAUAUUAGUAAUGAUAUGAUUCUUAAUAUGGU